AUGGCCGGAAAUGUCAAACCAGUUCCCUCUGGGGCUUGGGAUACACACCAUCAUAUUUUCGAGCCCGACCGUUUUCCCUUCGCAGAAGGUCGCCAUUUUACGCCGGCACGCGCUUCUUUAGAACAGCUACAGAAGUUUGAAGAAUCAAUUGGUGUUGAGCAUGUUUGCAUUGCCCAUGGUCUCUCGUAUGGGGCCGACUGUUCAUCUCUCCUGUAUUAUCUGGGGCAAUUCCAGGGCUCUGCGCGCGGUAUCUGCGUGCUCAACCUCGAGAAGAUCACAGAUGAUGAACUAAACCGGUAUCAUGAAAUGGGUAUUCGGUCAGUCAGGCUCGACUUCUUUCGCUUCAAUGCCGUGCAUGAUGUUGUGGCUCAGGUUCAAUUGAUUGAACGAACUGGGCAUCGUCUGGCGCAGUGGCAGCAGAGCAAUCAUUCCGUCUCUUCUCCAUGGAGUAUCCAGAUUCAACAGCCGCAUCUCGAGUUUUGGCCAGAGCUGCGAAAAGCAGUCGCCAGAUGCCUGGUUCCCGUUGUGGUAGACCACUUUGCCCUUAUUCCCGCCAGCAGUCUCCGCGCCAACGACUGUACCACCAAUAUCCAAGAUGCGUCGUAUCUGGAGAAGAACGAGCAGGUUGGCCUCGCUGCCUUGCGAGAUGCACUUCACGAUGGUAACCUCUGGGUCAAGCUGUCGGCUCCUUAUCGCUGUUCGAAUCGCGCAGAGUCAGGCUACGACGACAUGCGUUGGCUCGUGCGGUUUUUCGUCGAAGGCAAUCCCAAGAGAAUGCUUUGGGGAAGUGAUUGGCCCCAUACUCAGCGGCAUCAGGAUAGGAAGGCGAACGGCUGUAUGGACGAGGAGCAUUUCCUCUCAAUCGACGAUAGGGGUUGGAUUGAGUCGAUGAGUCGGUGGAUGUCGGUGGACGAGUGGGAGGAUAUGUGGGUGCGGAAUCCAGCGACUUUUUACGAUUAUUCGUUUUGGAAGAGUCAUUAG